UCAGCGCACGGGUUUCAAGUUGGACAGCCUACCAUCAAGUCUGGAUUAUAUUUGGGAAAGGAAAGUCAUACUUUGAUGCUUAUUCGACAUUGUCCAUGGCGCUCUAUCCGGCUUCACCAGCUCUGCCAUCUACGGCAAAUCCAUACUCGCGAAGCAAUCCAUGACAAGCGCUGGCCUGGCUGGCAAGUCAUUAUAGGUAUUGAAGUGCAUGCUCAGAUCAAGUCUCGCCGCAAGCUCUUCUCAGAGUCAUUCACAUCUCGUCCGGGUGAGAUACCUAAUACCACUGUGUCCGCAUUCGAUGCCGCAUUCCCUGGAACACUACCCACAUUGAACCCGAAAUGUGUCGAGUUAGCAGUCAGAACAGCAUUAGCAUUGAACUCGGAAGUUCCAUCCCGCUCGGCGUUCGACAGGAAACACUACUUUUACUCUGACCUUCCGGCAGGGUAUCAAAUAACUCAGCGCUACUCUCCACUUGCCAAGGGUGGUUAUCUCAAACUCUCCAAAGGGGAUGUCGCAGUGGGAAUCACACAAAUUCAACUCGAACAGGAUACAGCCAAAUCUACUUUCGAUGGAAUUCGACGUAUCUCACUUAUUGACCUAAAUCGAGCUGGCUCAGGGUUGAUGGAAAUCGUUUCAGAGCCUGAUAUGCGAUCCCCCGAAGAGGCCGCAGAUUAUGUUCGGACAUUGCAGGCCGUCCUUCGCUGUGUUGGCUCGAGUGAUGGAAACAUGGAACAAGGAUCCUUCCGCUGUGACGUGAAUGUGUCUGUCAACAAACAUGGAGAGCCACGUGGUACUCGUUGCGAGAUCAAAAACCUCAACAGUGUGAAGUUCAUGAUGAUGGCGAUCACUUCAGAGGUCUUCCGUCAUAUCGAGCUGCUCGAAGGUGGCCGCUCUGUGCCGCAGGACACCAGAGGAUUUGAUGAAAACAAAGCCGAAACUUUCAAACUCAGAAGCAAGGAGGAUGCCCCGGAUUAUAGAUACAUGCCGGACCCGAAUAUCCCCCCAUUGCUCAUAUCCGAGGAGUAUAUUGAAGCCAUCCGCCAAACCAUGCCGGACCUCCCUGAUGCAACCCGUGCUCGUUUACUGAAUCUUGGACUAUCUGAGCGUGAUACCGAUGUGCUCAUGACCGUCGACUCAGGCCACGAGGUUGGAUUUGAUGGCGAACUUGGAAAGGGCGCCGUUGCUUACUUUGACUCCCUCGCGCAACAAAGGGACCCAAGGGUCGUUGUCAACUGGAUGACGCACGAGCUCCUUGGGCAGUUGACUGCUCGGAAGGAGACUUUCAGCGAUAAUCCUGUGUCUGUCGAGCAACUGGGCGAACUCAUCGACCUGGUGCAGGAUGGCAAAAUCACGGGGACCUCGGGAAAAUCGUUAUUGAAGCAUAUCAUCGCCAAUCGGUCUUCGUUAACUCCCUCUGUGCUCGUACAGGAACUUUCUCUUGAGGCUGUAUCGGAAGACGAUAAUGCCACUAUCCGAGCUUGGUGUGCCGAAGCCAUUGAAAAGCUUCCUGAAGAGGCGGAAGCAGUGCGCCAAGGCAAUCCUCGAGUCCUCAACAAACUGGUGGGUAAGGUCAUGCAGCUCAGCCGUGGAUGUGCCGAUGCACAAAAUGCACGCGUAGUGCUAGAAGAUAUUUUGCGAAGAUAGCUUCCUUUUGAAUGGAUAUCAAAUAACGUAUGACUUUUUACGCCGCUCAGCACAAUUCAGAUUCUGCAAGCCCGCCUCCAUACGAAUCGCCGUAGUGUGCACUACAUCACCACAGAAGGCAAACAGCAAGUCGCGAACUUCGAUACAACUGAUUCUUUGUCCUAGAAUAUGACCAAUGCUGUGCUCGUGUCACCCACGAUAACUUUUGAGGAAAAUUCAGAUUUUAAAUAGGGAAAAACACUCGAUGUGCAGUGCUGGAGCGGAAUGAGUCAAAAAGCAAAGAACGACA